UGAUGCUGCUUACCUUAUCCCUGGCCAGGUAUCGUGCAUUUAGCUAUCGAGAAAUAUUCCCGACAUCGGAAACUCUCAGGGACAUCCGGAAAGACAGUAUUAAUUUUGCUGCGGGCAGGAUUUUUCACGGCUCACAAUGCCAACCAACUCACCACAUUAUGUUUGUCAAAACCCACAAGUGCGGCAGCUCCAGUAUCCAGAACAUCCUGAUGCGUUACGGGAACCGCUAUAACUUGACCUUCGUUAUCCCCUGGUUCUCCAACAAUCUCGGGAACUUUGCGAACUUGGAGCGAUUCCGUUCCGACAUGGCACUGCCGGUUCCGCGACAAUCUUAUCCACACUAUGACAUUUUCGCGCAUCAUGCACGCUACAAUAAAGACGUGAUACCGUCACUCAUGCCUAAAAAUACCGUUUACAUUGCCAUCGUCCGCGAACCGACAGCCAUGUACCAAUCAGCGUGGACAUAUUUUUCUCUUAACCAACGAUUCGGUGUUUCUCUGAACGAUUUCGCAGCCGAUCCACACCGGUUCUAUUUCAACAGCACUGAUAAUCGUUCGCUACAGUUUGCCAGGAAUCCAAUGUUGUCGGAUUUCGGGCUGGAGAAAGAAGAUUUCGAUAACAUGACGGUAUUGCAAGAAACCAUUGAUUAUAUCGACAAACGGUUUGCGCUGGUGAUGAUCAGUGAUUAUAUGGAUGAGUCGUUGGUAUUACUGCGGCAGUUGCUGUGCUGGGAAUGGGAUGAUGUUGUAGAGUUCCAUUUAAACCGGCAAAAUAACCAUCCAACAAAGCUGACCAAAAAGGUUACGGACAAUAUUUUGGCUUGGAAUAGUGGUGAUAAUAUGCUGUACCGGCAUUUUUUGAUGCGCUUUCGGGAGAAAUGGGCAAUGUAUGGCGAUAAAAAAAUGACCGAAGAUGUGAAAAAAUUGCGGUUAUUACGGAAAGAUUGGAAAGAGAAGUGUAGACGCGCUAGCGGAUUGCAUAACGCGGUGGGGGAAAAAGAGAGGGAGAACUGCUGGUUUCUAUGCAUGCACGAAUUGGAAUUUACGGACAGAAUCCGUGUAAAAUUGUGGCCGAAUUAUGGAUUUGAAAUUCAGUACGAGAAUAAAAAAUCUGAUGGCAAAUACUGUUACAAAAAUUUCCGUGUGGCAGAGGCGGUGAGGUGA